UGGCUCCCCUUAAAGCAUGGCGUGGGGCGGAGCGUGGGGGGGGGUCCGUGCGGGACGUGGCGGUGGAGUGGAGGUGGGAGGGAGCGGCGCCAUGACCCGCGGGAACCAGCGCGAACUGGCGCGGCAGAAGAACCUGAAGAAGCAGAGCGACUCGGGCAAGGGCAAGCGGCGGGACGACGGGCUCUCGGCUGCCGCCCGCAAGCAGAGGGACUCGGAGAUCAUGCAGCAGAAGCAGAAGAAGGCCGAUGAGAAGAAGGAGGGCAACAAGUAGCGGGCGGCCUCGCCGGGCCGCCGCCCCAGGGCCGGUCCCGCCGGCAGGAUGCCCCGCGCCGCCCCAGGCCGGGUCCCGCCGGGACCCCCGGCAUCGCCCCGCGCCCUGCGGCGCCGUCCCCUAUUAAAGUAGCUGUGGAGCCCUGCA